CCGCGCGCUGCCAGAGAGCGCUCAGUCGGCCCCGGGAGCUGCACGCGGUACGUGACUGGUCGGCCUGACGGGCGUACAAGGGCUGGGCGGACGAGCGGACCUAUUCCGAACAGACAGACGUACCGGGGCCGCAGGGCUCCUCGGCAGGAUCGCACCCAGAAGCGGGCAGACCUUGCCCGGUGGAAUCUCGCUGCCCUCCGCCGCCUGGCCCCGGUGCAGGCGUCCAGCAGCCGCUGCAUCCAAAGUGAUCGCUGCCUCGCCGUCUCCGCCAGGCUCCGGACCAUGAAGCUGCUGCCGUCGGUGAUGCUGAAGCUCUUUCUGGCCGCAGUGUUGUCCGCAUUGGUGACCGGUGAGAGUCUGGAGCGGCUUCGGAGAGGUCUGGCGGCGGCAACCAGCAACCCCGACUCUCCCACUGGAUCCACAGACCAGCUGCUACCCACGGGAGACGGUCGUGCUCAGGAAGUCCAGGACUUGGUAGAGACAGAUCCGGAUCUUUUCAAAGUUGCUUUCUCCUCCAAGCCUCAAGCUCUAGUCACGCCAAGCAAAGAAAAGAAUGGGAAAAAAAAGAAGAAAGGCAAGGGAUUAGGAAAGAAGCGAGACCCGUGUCUUAGGAAAUACAAGGACUUCUGCAUCCACGGGGAAUGCAAAUACGUAAAGGACCUCCGGGCUCCAUCGUGCAAGUGCCACCCAGGUUACCAUGGAGAGAGGUGUCAUGGGCUGACCCUACCGGUGGAGAAUCGCUUAAUAACGUAUGACCACACUACAGUCUUGGCUGUGGUGGCUGUGGUGCUGUCGUCUGUCUGUCUGCUUGUCAUAGUGGGACUUCUCAUGUUUAGGUACCAUAGGCGAGGAGGUUAUGAUGUGGAAAAUGAAGAGAAAGUGAAGCUGGGCAUGACUAACUCCCACUGAGAAGGACCUGUGCUCAAGGAACCUUCAGAGGAUGCCUACCUCUGAGACAGGGGUUCAUUACAAGUUCUGCAGAGGAGAAAGACUUCACAAGCAGCCGCGAAGACUUCUUCAUUCCCAGUUGCUACCCUGACUGGGCCUCCCAAAAUUGCUCUGCAAAAAUAUCAGAGCCUCCAAGUGCCAAACAGACUGUGCCCACUGGGAUCCCGAUCAGAACAGUGGAAGCAGGAGAGCCCUCCAGGCCUUUCUGACUCUCCCUCACCGAACCCACCGGCUUGUUUAAACACUUAGCUUCUGGAUUAAAGUGCCAGCUAGACUUCAUAUGCUCCAGGAUUUUUGACUGAAAAAAGGAGAGGAAGGAGGAAUGAUUUAUGGACUGGAAGAAAGCGACAGGAUUGAGAAGCUGUAUGUUCAAGUAGCCCCAAGGGAUUUGCUGUUUGGACCCUCCAGCACGCUGGAUUUGAUGAGCUAACUGUGAAAUACCACAAGCCCAAGAACUCUGAAUUUUGGGACUUCUACCCAGAGGGGAAAAUAACAACUAUUUUUUUUUUGUUAUUUGUUUGUAAAAUGCCUCUUAAAUUAUAUAUUUAUUUUAUUCUAUGUAUGUUAAUUUAUUUAGUUUUUAACAAUCUAACAAUAAUAUUUCAAGUGCCUAGACUGUUACUUUGGCAAUGUCCUGGCCCACCUCUUUGCAGCUCUACCAUCUGGCUCAGUGCGCCACGCUCCCGUGUGCUCUGCAACCCAUCUGUCGUAAUUUAUUGUCUGUGUACAUUUCAGAAGAUAUCCCAGGAGCAGAGUAUCCGGGGGGUUGUGUACGGUCAGAGUGCAGGAAUUGAUUUGGGCAGAGCCACUCUGUGAGUUGGACUUCCGUCUUGCCUUUUGUCUACUGUUCGUGUUUUGCAAGCCCACGGUGCUGACGUCAAUGUGUAAUAGAUAUUGGUGUUUACCUGUGUCCUCGCAGAAGAUGUUGGGCGUCUAGGCCUUCAGUUUCCUGGUCCCUUUUCCUCCAUCACCCUUUCUGAUCCCCAAUUGUGUCAAGUAAUUUCCCUUCCUUCUGCCAUUCUGGUGCUAGUCCAUGCAGAGGCUGGUAGGGCAGAGGACAGUUUGGAGAAGGUAUUAGGAAAGAAAAAGGCUGAGGAGGAGCAGGGAAUGUUCGAGUUGACUAUUCUAGGUAAUUGAUCACCUAUCAGUUGCUACAGAGAGCGUUGGUGGUAGGGAAGGUUUUGGGUAAGAAAACUAUACAGUCUCACCAAAACUGUAAUACUGUUAUGGUCCCCAUGGAAGUUUCUGGUGCCAUUUAUGAACUGUUACAACUUAUAUUUCCAAAACCUGGUUCAUAUUUAUACUUUGUGAUCCAAAUAAAGAUAACCCUUACUCCA